AUAAAAUAAAUAAUUCCAUGUUCACUGUGCCCCUGAUCUGGCAACCUUGGCAGCUUUGCCACAGCAACCGUGACGCAAAUAUUCCGACCAAUCACUUACCUCCUCUCAAGUCUCGUUCAGAGCUCUCCUGUGUUAUCGCGUGAUCUUUGCUGAGGCCCACCGCUAUUUAUAACCGUAAACAUACAUCCAUGAUGAGUUAUUCAGAAAAGCCUGAGGAUAUUACAAAGGAGGAAUGGAUGGAUAAACUGAAUAAUGUGCACAUUCAGAGGGCGGAUAUGAACAGGCUCAUUAUGAACUAUCUAGUAACAGAGGGAUUUAAAGAGGCUGCAGAGAAGUUUCGUAUGGAAUCUGGGAUUGAGCCGAAUGUGGAUCUGGACUCUCUGGAUGAGAGGAUAAAGAUCAGGGAAAUGGUUUUGAAAGGUCAGAUCCAGGAAGCCAUAGCUCUCAUUAACAGCCUCCACCCAGAGCUCCUUGACACCAAUCGAUACCUCUACUUUCACCUUCAGCAGCAGCAUCUGAUUGAGCUCAUCCGUCUGCGGGAGACCGAGGCGGCGCUGGAGUUUGCGCAGUCACAGCUGGCCGAACAGGGAGAGGAGAGCAGGGAAUGUCUUACUGAGAUGGAGCGAACCCUGGCGCUGCUCGCCUUCGAUAACCCUGAAGAAUCGCCGUUUGGAGACCUGCUCAACAUGAUGCAGAGGCAGAAGGUGUGGAGCGAGGUGAAUCAGGCUGUUCUAGACUAUGAGAACAGGGAAUCUACUCCAAAAUUAGCAAAGCUGCUGAAGCUUUUACUGUGGGCUCAGAACGAACUGGACCAGAAAAAAGUGAAAUACUCCAGAAUGACAGACCUCAGCAAGGGCACCAUUGAGGACCCCAAGUAGAGACUGUAAUCCACAUGGACACGUUUGAAUUUUUUGCUCUAAUUUAUGAACAGUCAGUGACUGGAUAGGAAAUAUGAAUCUAUAUAUAAUGUUUUCUUUUCAUGAUGCCUCUAUAAAAAGUAACUUAAACAACAUUAUAUGAUUUUAUUUUAAACAAAAUUAUACUGAUUGAAAACUGUAAUCCUACAUUUUUAUUGUAAUCUACCAUUUACUAUGCUGGUAGCCUAUUUUCUGAAAGACAUGGAAUAUUCCUAUGGUACUGUUUUUGCUCAUUUUAUGUCUGUUAAAUAUUUUAUUUUAUGUUGUUGUUUUUGUUUUUUAUUUUUUUUUCAACCUCUUCACUGGUUUCACAUACAGUAAUAUGUCCUCAUGCUUAUAUUAGGCUGUUUUUGAGGGAAAUAUCAGCUCCUGAAUGGAAAGAAAAAGAUAUCUAUCUUUAUUACUGAUCCAACGACUUCAUUUUUUAUUUUUUUUUAUAGACGCUAAUAAUGUAAACGGUGUUGAGUUUUAGACCUUCAUUACAUAAGCUAUUGGAAUUAGAAAACAAUAACUAAAAUAUUGUCGUUACUUAAUGCCUUAUGUUUAUGAUUUUUGUCUUUCGUUUUUGUUCACAUUUUGUACUGCUUGUUUGGGAUAAAGUUGAUUUCACAGUAGGUUUUGUUUUACUGAAUCAUAUUUUUUGUAAGACAGAGUCUCCAGAUUCCACAGUGAUAAAAGAUUUAAUACAGAAUGAUGAUAAGUGAA